AGAGGCGGGGCGGCGGGAGCUAUGGCGGCUGUGACCGAUGUGCAGCGGCUACAGGCCCGUGUGGAGGAGCUGGAGCGCUGGGUGUACGGGCCGGGGGGGUCUCGCGGCUCGCGGAAGGUGGCUGAUGGCCUGGUCAAGGUGCAGGUGGCUUUGGGGAAUAUCGCCAGUAAGAGGGAGAGGGUGAAGAUUCUGUACAAAAAGAUUGAAGACCUGAUCAAAUACCUGGAUCCUGAGUACAUUGACCGCAUUGCCAUACCUGAUGCCACUAAGCUGCAGUUCAUCUUAGCAGAGGAGCAGUUUAUCCUCUCCCAGGUGGCACUCCUGGAGCAGGUGGAGGCUUUGGUGCCCAUGCUGGACAGCACUCACAUCAAAGCCAUUCCUGAGCAUGCUGCCUGCCUGCAGCACUUGGCCCAGAUCCACAUCCAGCAGCAGGACCAGUGUGUGGAGAUCACUGAGGAGUCCAAGGCUCUCCUGGAGGAAUACAACAAGACUGUAUCCUUUCUGCUCAGCCAGUCCCCUGAGGAGUGCUGUCUGCAGCCCUGUCCUUUUAUUCCAUUUCUAGUUCUGUCUCUCAUCCCAUCCCAACCAGCCCGUCUAUUCCCCUGCUCACCCAGCCUUUAGGCAGAUGCCAGCAUCUCUCCACUCCUCUCAGAUUUCUGUUCUCACCUUGACCUGCAACCAGACAAUGCUUCUCUCCAAGCAGUUCGUGCAAUGGGAUGAGCUACUUUGCCAGUUAGAGGCUGCCAAGCAAGUGAAGCCAGCAGAGGAGUGAUGGUUGCUUCCCAUCCUAGGGUGGGCCAGGGCAGCUAGGCUCCAGGCCCUGUGCCAACCUGCCCUGGUAACUGGGCGGAGCAGAGGCAGCUCUGUAUUUAUUGGAUUCACAGCCUACCUGUCUGCACUCAAGUGGGGCUCUAAGGUCAGAGGUCUUGCUACUUGAGAUUUGCUAUUUGCACCCCCUCCCCUCAUCAGUGUCCUGUUGCAGUGACAAUAAACUGUAGAGAUCACUG